AUGUCGGACUCAACCACGUCCCUACCAGGACUGUUGGAAUCGCGAGGAUCGCAAUCCCAAAUACACAUCCACCAUCACCACCAUUACCACCGACGGGCCUCCAGCGACGGCACUGCGACCACCCAGGGUAAGCGGGACCAUGGUGGCAGCGGCAAUGGGCCGAGUUCCACGUACCAAUCGCUGAAAUCACUCACACUCAACAACCUGAAUGCCAAACAGCACUUUUUUAUUGCAGUAUGCAGAGACGUGUCUUUGCUCCCGCCGCUACUGUCACUAGCCCACGCGCUGAAAAAAGCGUGGGUACUUUCGUAUCGUGCGGAUGUGCUCUCCAACACAGCAGAUGCAAUCGCGGACGCCAUUGCGAUCAGCGUGUCACAGAUGGAUCAUUCCUACCGGGCUUUGAAGACGCAGGCGUCUUCUGCUGACUCGGAGCUGACCUCGCAGCUGGUCACAGCGCGCUCGUCGGAGUAUCUGCUGUGCUCGCUGUGGUGUGUCGUGGCCGCCUAUCUCACGUAUUCCAUUCUGGACUCGCUGAUGGUUCGUUGGAUAGUCAAAUACUCCACGGUCGCCGCCAUCUUGCGCAUGUUUUCGAUGUCGCUUCUGAUCGUGACGCUUGAAAUGCUUUUGCUCUCGUCGCUGUCGCCCAAGGGCGAUUACUACCUCCACACCUGGAUUCUUAUAUGCUGCCUUCUCACGGGUGCUUACAUAUGGCAGAGUUUCUUGACCUCUGAUCUUAACUACGUCGAGCACGAAACCCCUCCAGGCACACCCGCGAGCAACACGACCGCCGCAUCCACUGCGGGCCCCACGGGCCCCACGGGCCCGCUUCAUCGCCGUACUUCCUCCUCGCAUUCCAUCUCGAAUCCUUCGCACCAGGUCACGUGCGAUACACCUGAAUUUGCCUCCCGCAAGCGCAGGCGAGGUGCGCGACCUGCGCUGCGGCUUGCCAAGCAUCAUCAAAUCCAUCUCUACAACAUCACAGUUUUCUGUGUUGUUCCAGUGGGUCUUGCCAGUUUUAUCACUAUGAUUGGGCUUCUGCGAAACCUCGUGAUUCAGCGUCUGGAUCUCGAGCAAUUGGAACGCAUGCUCACCCAAGGCUACUCCGAAUAA